AUGGCAGCUCUCGGUAGCAGCAGCAUUGAUAAACCGUUUCGCUCUUUCUUGCUCCUUGGCCUUCUGGUGCUCUUUGCAAACGCGUUUUCUUUGGCAAAUGCUAAAGUUCAGCAGCAUCAGUUUGUUAUUCAAGCAACACCAGUGACGAGGCUGUGCAGUACCCGUAACACGAUAACAGUGAACGGGCAGUUCCCUGGACCAACCUUGGAAGUGAACAAUGGUGAUACCUUAGAGAUCAAGGUUAUCAAUAACGCACAAUACAAUGUCACCAUUCACUGGCAUGGUGUCCGGCAGAUUAGAACAGCAUGGGCAGAUGGACCAGAGUUUAUUACGCAGUGCCCAAUUAAGCCAGGAGGGAGCUAUACUUACAGAUUUACAAUCAACGGUCAGGAAGGAACGCUUUGGUGGCAUGCCCACAGCUCAUGGCUCAGGGCCACCGUUUACGGAGCUCUUAUCAUCCAUCCAAGAGAAGGGGAAUCCUACCCGUUCCCUAAGCCUACAAGAGAAACACCUGUUGUACUUGGUGAGUGGUGGAAUGCAAACCCCAUUGAUGUUAUAAGGCAAGCUCAGAGAACUGGAGCCGCUCCAAAUGUAUCAGAUGCAUUCACUAUCAAUGGUCAACCUGGUGACCUGUACAAGUGCUCCAGCAAAGAAACUGUAGUAGUCCAAGUGGACUCAGGCGAGACCAACCUCCUUAGAGUUAUCAACGCUGCACUCAAUCAACAGCUUUUCUUCUCGGUUGCCAACCACAAACUCACAGUAGUUGGAGCUGAUGCCUCUUAUGUGAAGCCCUUUACUACUUCAGUCAUCAUGCUUGGACCAGGCCAGACUACUGAUGUCCUAAUCACCGCCAAUCAGCCACCGGCCCGUUACUACAUGGCAGCACGAGCAUAUGCCAGUGCACAAGGUGCACCCUUUGAUAACACUACAACCACAGCCAUCCUACAGUACAAGGCUGCUUCUUCCUCCUCCAAGGGAGGUCAGACAACUCCGGUUCUCCCAUCUCUACCAGCAUACAAUGACACAGCAACCGCCACAGCCUUCACAAAGAGUUUCAGAAGUCUAAGAAAUGUUGAGGUGCCUACUGAAAUUGACGAAAACCUGUUUAUCACAGUUGGUCUAGGACUCAAUAACUGUCCCAAGGGCGCAAGUUCCCAAAAUUGUCAGGGACCAAAUGGAACUCGGUUCACUGCCAGCAUGAACAAUGUGUCUUUUGUGCUCCCAUCCAACUUUUCACUACUGCAGGCACAUCACCAAGGUAUCCCAGGAGUUUUUUCAACUGACUUUCCAGCCGCUCCACCAGUUAAGUUUGAUUACACUGGUAAUGUUAGCCGAUCACUUUGGCAACCUGCUUCUGGAACAAAGGUGUACAGAUUGAAAUACGGGGCAAGAGUGCAGAUAGUGCUGCAGGGAACAAGUAUCUUCACAGCUGAAAACCACCCAAUCCAUCUUCAUGGAUAUGAUUUCUAUAUCCUUGCCGAGGGUUUUGGAAACUUCAAUCCACAAAAAGAUACAGCAAAGUUUAACCUAGUGAACCCACCUCUUAGAAACACAGCAAGUGUACCAGUCAAUGGAUGGACAGUCAUCCGAUUUGUCGCAGAUAAUCCAGGAGUUUGGAUAAUGCACUGUCACUUGGAUGUCCACAUUACAUGGGGCUUGGCCACGGCUUUCAUAGUGGAGAAUGGAGUUACCGAAUUGGAAGCAUUGGAGGCUCCUCCUGCAGAUUAUCCAAUCUGUUGAGAACACCAGCUGACACCAUUCAACAACAUCCAAGAUCUCCAUAAAAGAAUUCAACUUUUCCCGCUUUAGCAUCUAAAUGUAGUCCUCAAAUCUAUUCCCUGCAUUAGGGGCUAGUUACUUUCUAGCGCCCACCUUGUCAUGCACUUAUUUUAUUGUAUUUUGUUAGAUAAAAGGUGGGGUAGUGCCAAUCAAAGCACUGUCCAUUUGAAUUAGAUCCCAUUGUUGCAGAAUUGUAACUCCUGUAUUCUUUGUAGCAUUAUGAAUUGAAGGUCUUAAUUGUUUUGGUUUUUAA